GGGCUGUGRCGUGGGUGCGGCGGCUCGCGGUUUGAAUUGGCGGCGGCCGCUGAUGGCGGCGGGCGGUACCGGCGCUGUUGAAGAAAGAAACAAGGCUUAAUCAUGGCUGACAACAGUACUCUGGUGUCUGAAACCGGGAGGAGCCUCUUGGCUGAUUCUUCUGUUCUUGAUUCAAAAAUUAUAGAAACCUCCAAAGAGAAUGUGUUUCGUGCAGCUGUUCUGGAUGUUGACGCAGAAGAAAUGCCUCAAAUAGAAACAAGAGUGGUUUUGGUUCAGGAAGCAGGGAAACGUGAGGAGCUUCUGAAAGCCUUGGAGACCAUUAAGAUAAUGGAAGUACCUGUUAUAAAGAUAAAGGAAAGUAGUCCUGAUAAAUCAGAAGAAAAACUAAUAAAAAGUAUAAUUCAUAUGGAAAUUAAAGUGCCCUACAUAAAGACAGACACGAUAGAAGAGCUUGGAGAUGCUGAUUCCCCUGAAUUUGAGACGAUCUUCGUUGUAUCAGACUUUCAAGCUCCCAUCUUUACCAACCUCUGCAAGGCAGAUUGCCGUGUCAUCGGGCCCCCAGUCGUGCUGCACUGUGCACAGAAAGGAGAGGCUUUACCUUUCUCCUGCCGUCCAUUGUACUGUGCAAGUAUGUUGAACUUGGUACUGUGCUUYACAGGAUUCAGAAAGAAGGAUGAAUUAGUUAAGCUUGUGACCUUGGUUCAUCAUAUGGGUGGAAUUAUUCGAAGGGACUUUAGCUCAAAAGUUACUCAUCUGGUGGCAAACUCAACACAUGGAGACAAGUUCAGAAUUGCUGUAAGCCUUGGYAUUCCUAUUGUGAAAGCUGAGUGGAUUUAUAAGGCGUGGGAGAAAAGGAAUGAAAUUGAUUUCUGUGCAGCUGAUGAUGACUUUAGAAAUCAGUUCAAGGUUCCUCCCUUUCAGGAUUGCAUGUUAAGUUUCCUGGGAUUCUCUGAUGAUGAGAAAGCUAACAUGGAAGAAAUGACAGAAAUGCAAGGAGGACAUUAUUUACCAGUUGGUGAUGAAAGGUGUACGCACUUGGUGGUUGAAGAAAGUACAGUAAAAGAUCUUCCAUUUGAACCUUUGAAAAAACUCUAUGUUGUAAAGCAAGAGUGGUUUUGGGGGAGCAUUCAAAUGGAUGCCAGAGCUGGAGAGUCCAUGUAUUUAUUUGAGAAGUCGGAGAGUCCUGACUUCAAGAAGUCGGUGUCCCUGCUUUCCCUGAGCACUCCCAACAGCAACCGCAAACGGCGCCGUUUGAAAGAGACUCUCGCUCAACUGACCAGGGAAACAGACAUGUCCCCAUUYCCUCCUCGGAAACGCCCCUCAGCUGAACAUUCCCUCUCUCUUGGGUCCUUGCUGGAUAUUUCCAACACUCCGGAGUCAAGCACUGCCAAUGGAGAAACACCAAAAUCCUGCACRAGGCCUUCCAAAAACUCAACUCCUCUUCCUCUCAAGCAAUCUGCAAGAUGGCAAGUUGCAAAGGAAUUGUAUCAGACAGAAAGUAACUAUGUUGAUAUUCUGACAACAAUAAUUCAGUUAUUCCARGUUCCAUUGGAGAAGGAAGGACAACUUGGGGGACCAAUCCUUGCACAGGAAGAGAUUAAGACCAUAUUUGGCAGCAUUCCAGAUAUUCUUGAUGUGCAYACUAAAAUCAAGGAAGACCUGGAAGAUCUUAUGAUAAAUUGGACUGAAAGCAAAAGUAUUGGUGAUAUCAUUCUMAAAUACUCAAAAGACUUGUUGAAAACAUACCCUCCGUUUGUGAAUUUCUUUGAAAUGAGCAAGGAGACGAUUACAAGAUGUGAGAAACAGAAGCCAAGGUUUCAUGCCUUCCUGAAGAUAAAUCAAGCUAAACCUGAAUGUGGCCGCCAAAGCCUAGCUGAGCUUCUUAUCCGUCCUGUUCAAAGGCUGCCCAGUGUUGCCCUACUGCUAAAUGAUAUUAAGAAACAUACAGCAGAAGAGAACCCAGAUAAAGUAACUCUAGAGAGAGCUAUUGAAUCAUUAAAGGAGGUGAUGACACACAUUAAUGAAGACAAAAGGAAAACAGAGGCACAAAGGCAGUUCUUUGACGUUGUCUAUGAAGUGGAUGGAUGUCCRGCCAAUCUCCUGUCCUCUCACCGGAGCUUAGUUCAGCGUCUGGAAACUGURGCACUCGGUGAUGACCUCUGUGACAGGGGAGAGCAGGUCACACUCUUUCUGUUCAAUGAUUGCCUAGAGAUUGCGAGGAAACGGCAUAAAGUUAUUGGAGCUUUCAAGAGUCCCCAUGGCCACACAAGGCCUCCUGCAUCUCUCAAACAUGUUGUUCUCAUGCCUCUCUCUCAGAUCAAGAAAGUCCUGGACAUCAGGGAGACAGAAGAUUGCCAGAAAGCCUUUGCCUUAGUUGUGAGGCCACCUACAGAACUCAACAACAAGCUGCUGAGCUUCCAGAUGACAACAGAAGACCCUUGCAAGGAGGACUGGCUGAAGAUGUURUGUCGGCAUGUGGCCAACACUAUUUGUAAAGCAGAUGCAGARAAUCUCAUUUAUGUUGCUGAUCCUGAUUCAGUUGAAGUAAAUACUAAAGAUAUGGACAGUACUUUAAGCAGAGCAUCCAGGGCAAUAAAGAAAACAUCAAAAAAGGUCACGAGGGCCUUUUCUUUCUCCAAAACACCCAAGAGAGCUCUUCGCAGGGCUUUGAUGUCUCACAGUGCAACAGAGGGGAGGAGCCCCAGCUCUGCUACCGAGGGUUACAUCGGCAGCCGCAUGAGCAGCACCUCCUCCUUAGCGAUUGCUCGUUSCUCUUCUACGUGCAGCCUAAGUGGAUCUGUCAAAUGUGCUGUUAAUGUUCAUCGCUCCAGUUCUGUGGAUUGGAGCUCUCAAAAUUCCAAGCCUCGACCUGUGCUGUGUCCUGGCUCUCCAAACACUCGUCUUUCAAAGGCAGUGGAAGCAAAAGCYUCUUCCAGCUUGGAAAGCUUAAAUGGUCAUGCCUUGGACAGACCAUGUGCUCUCCCUGUUAUUACUCCCACUUGUGCUGGUGCUGGAGAUGAUAACCGGUGUGGUGCUGGAAAAUUCUGUGCAUCAGAUCCUGACUGAAGUGAGCAAGAAAUCCUGAGUUCUCUAAGCUAAGAGAGCACGGUACAGCUCUAAUGCACAAAGGCCUUAAAAUGGUGUUGGGUUCUUCUAYAACAUGCUCUAAGGCACAGAGUUGGUUUCAACACUCACAUGUGGUCUAGUUCUA